ACAAAACACCGACUGAGUUCCUGCUUCCUCCAGCUGAUGAAGCCAAACCGAAUGAUUGUGCUCCAGCUCACCUGCAGAGGUUUGAUAAACUCUCAACUGCAUGGCCACCUGAAAAUACCCAGGGCCAUGCAAAACAUGGCCAGACCCAGUUCAGACCUGGCAGCUUUCAGGAAGACUUUCUCCAAUGCCAAGAAUAUAGCCAUCCUCACCGGAGCAGGGGUGAGUGCAGAGAGCGGAGUCCCCACCUUCAGAGGAGCUGGAGGCUACUGGAGAAAAUGGGAAGCACAGCAACUUGCCACUCCAGAGGCCUUCUCCAGGAACCCCUCCCGUGUUUGGGAGUUUUACCAUUACCGCCGUGAGGUCAUGCUGACAAAAGAUCCCAACCCCGCCCACCUGGCCAUCACAGAGUGUGAGGAGCGACUGAUCAAACAGGGACGCAACGUUACAGUCAUCACUCAAAAUAUUGACGAGCUCCACCGCCGUGCCGGAUCCAAAAACAUCCUGGAGCUCCACGGAAGUCUGUUUAAAACACGCUGUAUGAGCUGCGGUCAUGAAGCUGCCAAUUACCAUAGCCCCAUCUGUGGCGCUCUGAAGGGCAAAGGAGCACCAGACCCCGACACAGAGGACGCUCAGAUCCCUGUUCAGCAGCUGCCCAGGUGUGAGCAGAAAGGUUGUCACGGUCUCCUGAGACCAGCUGUGGUUUGGUUUGGAGAGACUCUGGACUCAGACAUCCUCUCCCGCGCAGAGGAAGUGUUGGACAGCUGUGACCUCUGCCUUGUGGUUGGCACUUCAUCCGUUGUGUAUCCAGCCGCCAUGUUUGCUCCUCAGGUGGCAGCCAGAGGUGUCCCUGUGGCCGAAUUCAACAUGGAGGACACGCCGGCCACCAUGCGCUUCAAGUUCCAUUUCCACGGCCCCUGUGGGACCACGUUGCCCCCCGCGCUGGAACGCCACGAGACUGAACCAAAAUGAGUCCCGGACAUCAGCUGCACACAGACCAGACUGUCUAACACUGGAGGACUUUAUUGGUACCAACAAUAAUAAUAUAAUGUGAGGAGACGGGGUUCAUGAAAAAUAGCAACAAGUUCAAAGACAAAGAUUUGUUUAGGCUGAUAAAUUGAUAGAAUAUACAAUAAAGAGUAAGUGGGCUAUAUUGUAAACAGUUACACAUAAAGUGGUCGAUUGUAACACAACUACAUUUCACAUGAUGUUACUUUUUGCUUUUACUUCACUACAUUUUGUGGGCAGAAGUGACACUACAUUUAUUUUAUAGUUUUAAAUACUAGUUACUUUGCAGAUUCAGUUAAUUCAUACAAAAUAUAAAUCAACUUAUAAAUGAUGAUGAAUUAUUGUAGGUUAAGCUACCCAGCAGUAUAUGAAGUAAUUCACAUAAACCCCAUCUUAACCAAGUUCAACAUUAAAGUGAUAAACACAUUAAAUCAUCAAUAUUUAUAAUAUCAUUAUUUAAUAUUAUAUUCCGAAAUGGGCCAUAUUGCAUAAUGAUUACUUUUACUCCUGUAUCAUUGCUUAUUUCCCUUAAGUAAAAAUGUUUUGGAAAGAUUAAACUGAUUGGAGGGCAUGUUUUCCAGCAUUGAAUUUUCAAUAAUGUAGCAAAUUAUGCUAAAAUGCUGAAUUCCACUAGUGGUUUGUGCUGACUUGUGCAGAAUUUGGUUUGAGAGUUAUAAUUGUGAAACUUGACUCCUAGCAUAAUGAUUAACUGUGCUGUUUAUAAAAGAACAUGUUAAAGAGUGACAUUAAUAGAUAGCAAAAGCUAUGGAUUAAAUGUGAACACUUGUUGGACAACUGUAUCAAUCCUUUUUCAUUGAAUGACUACUGCAUAUCAGACUGUAGGGGGCAGUGUUUAGCUUCUGCUUUGAACGCCAUUACACCUACAGUUAGGAGGAAAAAAAAGAAUAUUUCUGAAGGAUCUGUGGGCUCUGCCAGAUAUGUGGUGUGUGUGUGAGUGUGUAUUAAUUCAGUGUUGUCUGAAUUGAUGGACCGUGGUGAAAACUGUAUGAUGCCUUCCAGUGGGCGUGAGUAAGCUCCAGUAAAACCAGGGAGACCAGUGACUGUGCACUCCCUGAGUCAUGAGGAGACGAUUUGUCGCAUGUAUGUUGAGGUUUGGAGUUGAUUCAAACCACAUAUGCAUAUGAAAUGAAUAAAUAUGCAGUCUUGAAAA